CAUGUGAACAAAAUUGCGUCGCGCGGUAUCUACACAUCAGGCAAGGGGUCUUCCUCAGUGGGUUUGACAGCCUAUGUCACCAAAGACCCUGACACCAAGGACCUUGUGCUGGAAAGUGGUGCGCUGGUGCUCAGUGAUGGGGGCAUUUGCUGUAUCGAUGAGUUCGAUAAAAUGGACGAUAGCACGCGCUCGGUUUUGCAUGAGGUUAUGGAACAACAAACUGUAUCCAUUGCGAAAGCUGGAAUCAUCGCCACCCUAAAUGCACGCGCGAGUAUUCUUGCGGCAGCCAAUCCCAAGCACUCCCACUAUGACACCCAACUGACUGUUCCUGAGAAUCUCAACCUUCCCCCACCCCUGCUGUCCCG